AUGGCUGAAGAACAGACAAACCGGCCGGCGGCGGUCGCGGAACCUGCCGAACCCGCCGGACCUGAAACAUCGCCGCCGGCUUCCUCGCCGCCGGCUCCCUCGGCCGUUCUCCCGCCUCAGCAUUGGGCUGAAGUCGCACAGAAUGAGGAACAGGGCGAUGUCGAUGCUGAUUCGACAAUCGACGCCGACAAUGCCUCCUCUACAGCGUCCAUUACCUCCAGCAUCUUUGAGUACAGGACGAUCCAUGGCAGAACAUUCAACAGCGACCAGGGAGACGCGCAGUAUUGGGGAUCCAACGAUGAACCACAGCGCGAAUUGAUGGAUAUCACUCACCACAUCCUCACGAUUGGGCUUGGGGAUAAACUCCAUCUGGCGCCAUUGGACAAGGCUCACGUCCAUCAAGUCAUUGAUAUCGGCUGUGGAACUGGCAUCUGGGCCAUUGACUUCGCCGAUGAGUACCCUGGCGCAGAGGUCAUCGGAACAGACAUCUCUCCCAUCCAGCCUUCAUGGGUGCCGCCCAACUUGAAGUUUGAGAUCGAAGACUGCACUCGAGACUGGACUUUUAAAUCCGGCUUUGCCGAUUACAUCCAUCUGAGAUGGCUGGUCGGCAGUAUCAAAGACUGGGACGCCCUCUGCUCUGAGGCCUUCAGGGUCUGCAAGCCUGGCGGAUGGAUCGAGAGCCACGAGGCCUCCUCCAACAUCGAGAGUGACGACGGCACGGUCGAUGGGGACUCGGCCAUGGGGCAAUGGGGUAAGUUCUUCAUCGAAGGCAGCAAGAAGAUAGGAUCGAGCUUCACGGUGGUCGAGGACGGCACGCAGAGGAAGGCUCUGGAAAAAGCUGGGUUCAUCAACAUCCAGGAAUUCAACUUCAGGAACCCCAUCGGCGGCUGGUCGAGCGUUCCCAGCGAGAGAAAGAUGGGUCCGUAUACCAAAUACGGCCUGGAGACGGACAGCGAAGGGUUUGUCCUGUUCAUGGCUCACGUCCUGGGCUGGUCGAGAGCCGAGAUCCAAGUCUACAACGCCCAAUUCCGACGCGAGUUGCGUUCGGGGAAGCAUCAUGGUUACUUUAGGCAGAAGGUCGUUUGGGGCCAGAAACCCGGUGCGGCCGCUGAAUAA